CACACAAGCGCUGUCCGACACGAAUAAACAAGUGAAACUCAACUUUGCUUCUUAGAAAGUUAGUAACUUUUAGUGAAAUGGCGUCAUUAACGACAAAAGAACCGGGAAUACGCUCGGGAGCAAUAACAGUAACAGAGUCCGUCGUGCCCGCUUGUAUGUUUGCGCCGGACCGGGGAUGCGGCGACGACCCAUCCGGCGAAGAGGACUCUGGAAUCGGCGAGGGUGCAGGUGUGGAGUCCGCGGAUCAUAUAGACCUGAGCAGUAAGAUGGUUCUUGUGAGCCCGACAGGACAACAGUAUGAUUCAUUAUUAAGACAUCUGAGAGACCGGAUAGAUGAAGGAUGUGGAGAGACAAUCUACGUGGUUGGAAUGGGCUCCGAUGGAGGCGACUACGGUCUCAAUGAAAAGGACAUGGAAGCGUCAGUCGCCACUGUGCAGUCGCUGUGUGAACAGCUUGAGGCCGACUUAAUCCUGCUGAGGGAGAGAACGGACACUGCUGGAAAAAUCCGGGACUAUCUCGCCCGUCGGCAUGUCGGUGAACAGGAUUUCCUGGAGGUCAGAGUGGCAGUGGUUGGAAACGUGGAUGCAGGAAAGAGUACCCUACUGGGGGUGUUGACUCACGGAGAAUUGGACAAUGGCAGAGGCUUUGCUCGCCAGAAGCUCUUCAGGCACAAACACGAAAUGGAGAGUGGACGGACCAGCAGUGUGGGGAACGACAUCCUGGGAUUUGACCAUGAGGGACAGGUGGUGAACAAGCCAGAUACCCAUGGUGGUGGUCUGGACUGGACCAAGAUCUGUGAGAAGUCCUCCAAGAUCAUCACCUUCAUUGACCUUGCUGGCCAUGAGAAGUAUCUCAAAACAACAGUUUUUGGCAUGACGGGACAUUUACCAGACUUCUGCAUGCUCAUGGUUGGCAGUAAUGCGGGCAUCAUUGGCAUGACCAAAGAGCAUCUCGGCCUGGCGCUGGCUCUAAAUGUGCCCGUUUUUGUCGUGGUUACUAAGAUAGACAUGUGUCCAGCCAACAUCCUCCAAGAGACCUUAAAGUUAUUACAGAGAUUAUUAAAGUCGCCAGGCUGCAGGAAAAUCCCCUUAUUGGUCCAGAACAAGGACGACGUCAUUGUCACAGCCUCAAACUUCAGCUCUGAGAGGAUGUGCCCAAUAUUCCAGAUCUCAAAUGUGACGGGAGAGAACAUGGACCUGCUGAAGAUGUUCCUGAACCUUCUGUGUUCUAGGACCACCUUUAGCAUUGACGAGCCUGCAGAGUUCCAAAUAGAUGAUACGUACUCCGUACCGGGUGUGGGCACAGUUGUUUCAGGAACAACGUUAUGUGGGCUAAUACGGCUAAACGACACACUGCUCUUAGGUCCAGACCCACUAGGUACUUUCAUCCCCAUCGCGGUAAAAUCCAUCCACCGCAAGAGGAUGCCAGUCAGAGAGGUCCGCGGCGGACAGACGGCCUCCUUUGCCCUCAAAAAGAUCAAACGUUCGUCGAUAAGGAAAGGCAUGGUGAUGGUCUCGCCGAAAUUAAUGCCACAGGCGUCGUGGGAGUUUGAGGCAGAGAUUUUGGUGCUUCACCACCCCACCACAAUAUCACCCAGAUACCAGGCCAUGGUGCACUGUGGCAGCAUCAGGCAAACGGCCACAAUACUGGCCAUGAACAAAGACUGCCUGCGGACCGGCGACAAGGCUGCGGUCCACUUCCGCUUCAUUAAGACGCCGGAGUACCUGCACUGUGACCAGAAGCUGGUGUUCAGGGAAGGACGCACCAAAGCUGUCGGCACAAUCACAAAGCUUCUUCAGUCAGUGAGCAGCCCGGCAGUGAAGGCCCAGCAGUCUAAGAUGCAAUCCAGCAGAAAGUCGCCAAAGGAAACCACCACAGUCAGUGAAGAUGUUGAGUCAGCGGCAGAACCAGAUGGUGCCAACACAGCUCAGGUACCACUCAGAACACGCAGUGGAGGAGGACGCCGUCGAGGAAGUCAAAGACAACGAGGGAGACGCCUGAACCCCGCCUCCUUCACCACAGCCAUGCCUGCAGGCGCAGCAGGCAUAGCCUAAAAACACUGUGGCCCUCUGGUGGCUGUUUCAGGAACAGCAGUUCAGUUUAACGCUGUGAGUUGAGUUUUUGCUGAUUUAAACUGUUGCAGUUCAUAGUUUCCAACGUUCUUUGGGGUGCAAACAUUGUUCGUCACUGCUGUCAGAAGCACCCGUCGCUUUCCUCAGCAAAACUUUCUUCACAGUUCAGUUUCCUCAGAUUUACGUCUUUUUAGCACGUCCUCUGCUGUUCCAUUGUUGUUUCAGAAAAGGAGCCGUAAUAAGACUUUUCUUAUUAGAUACUUUGAAAUAUCAACAUUUGGAUUUGGUACCAGUUUUUAACAGUUUCUUCCAGGGCAUAAAACCAGAAAUUAUAAUUGUCCUCAACUAUCUGGAUGACUGAGAGUCUUUUGGUGCUCUGACAUGAGCAUGCCUGUGACUUACGCAAUAGCACGAACAUCGUCAUGACGAUCCCACCUGCUGUGUUCAUAGCUGGAUGCUGUUCUUUCUUCUGCUGGCUGCCAUGUGCUCUGCGCUGGACGCUGCGUAUAUAAAAUAAUUAUUUUGUGGUGGAUUAAUAAUUUAUUUCUGCAAAUUGGCCAUUGAAAAUGGCUCUAUUUGCAUCCUGAAUCACAGAGGAGG